UCUAUUUGGGCCAAACACAUUUUUCUCUUUCUUUAUAUCUCCCAUGGGCAAAGUAAUAGCUUCAUUAUUCAGUUUAAAGGGUCUUAGAAAGUGUUUGAAUUACUAUUGAAGGAUAUCCUGGGAAGGACGAGUUGAAGCUAUGCUUGUAACCUCAGGAUAUCGAGUACAAUUCACUGAAAGAACCGUUAUUAACAAGUGCAAGAUUUUGAGCCCGGAGAACAGACAUUAUAGCUUGUAUUUACUGUAACAUUUUGCUGCCUGCUGUCAGACACCCACAUCUCUGGUAAAAUGGAUGAGGUCUCUCUUCAAAUGGAUGAAGACAAUGGCCUGGAGGACAAUUUCUAUGGACACAGUUAUGAUGACAUUCACAACUGGACAGAUUUAAUGGAAUAUCUAAAUCAAACAUUUGCAAUGUGUGAGGUUGACUUGGAUGAGAAAGUAAAACAGGUCUGUCUCUUUAGCUUGUAUCUAAUUAUAUUUGUGGUAGGCCUAGUAGGCAACCUCCUAGUGUUGUGGGUGAAUUGGCAGUCUCGAAGAAGCAAAAGCUCAGUCAACCUAUACAUUCUAAACAUGGCUGUAGCAGACUUUGGUGUUGUCAUUUCGUUACCAUUUUGGAUGCUGGAAGCCAUGAUGGAUUACACAUGGCUCUAUGGUGGGUUUCUUUGUAAAUUUACUCACUAUUUUUACUUUGCCAACAUGUUCAGCAGCAUAUUUUUUCUGACAGCAUUAAGUGUGGACCGCUAUUUGACUUUGACCUCCUCCUCAACUUUUUGGAGGCAGAACCAGCAGAGAAUUCGCCAGGCUCUUUGUUUUGGGAUCUGGCUGUUGGCUGCCAUAUUUCCCUUGCCAGAGGUGGUACACAUGAAAGUGAUGGACUACUCAGAUCCUGUUUGUAUGUUCAUGGCACCAUUUGAGACAUAUGAUGAAUGGGCACUGGCAGUCAGUCUAAUGACCACCAUUCUGGCAUUUAUAAUACCUUUUUCUAUAAUCCUUGUCUUUAACCUGAUGACUGCCUAUCAUAUUAAGACUUCUGGUAGACCAGAAAGUAAGAAACACUGCCGGCUCAUCUAUGCCUACAUACUGACAUUUCUACUCAGCUGGCUUCCCUAUCAUGUGACCCUGAUACUAUUAACCAUGCAUGGGAGCUACUUUCAUUUGAACUGCGCUUUUAUUCACAUUCUUUAUUUUUUCUAUGAAAUUAUUGAUUGCAUAUCAUUGAUACACUGUGUAGCAAAUCCAAUCCUUUAUAACUUCUUGAGCAAGGACUUUAGGGGCAAAUUUAUCAAUGCAGUAGUUAGGUAUAUCCCCAAGGAGAAAAUAGGUGGAGAUGGCCCUGCUGAACACUCUACCUCUACAACUGAACAUUCUGUUGUAAUCACUAAAGAAAGCUCUCCACAGGCCAACGCAUAAGACUGCUAUGUUAUGAUGUGAUUUAUUCACCUUCGAAGAGAAUAAAACAGCAAAAAUAUAGCCAUCUGUGUUAAUUUGCUUACUAUUUAAUUUCAUUGGCUUUAUAUUCAAUUUUGGCAAUGCAUUGUCACAGUUCAAAUUUCUGUUAUGAAUGUAUAAUCUUUGUAAAUUUAUCUGUAAAAUAACCUGUAGUAUAUUUCAGAUGCAUUAUUCAAACAACCAUAGUAAAGAUACUUGUCAUUUGCUUACAUAUUUUUGGCUAAAGUAUAGAAAUAGUAUAGAUACAAUGAUUAGAGUUUUGUUUUUUAAUAAAUAAAUUACAAAUGC